AUUUAAAAUAUCUCAAGGUAAUGCAGUACACGUAAUGUGUUAUAAAUUAAUAUAUGCUAUGAGAUUUGGUGUCUAUAUUGAUCAGGCACAUCAGCAAGCGUCUCAAAAACAGCACGCGCGUCCAGACAGAGACUCAUGGACCAGCUACUAUGAGGUUAUUCAGUAGUUCCCAGACUCUCCUCAAACACAUUGUCCGUCACUGUCCUGCUGACUGCCAAUGGACCAGUGUCCUCACCCUGUCCCACAAACUCCACCCCUGCAGGGGGCUGUCAACGAAUGGCUCCACUCCUCAGCCACAGAUUAGUGAAAACUCAGUAGAGGUUUUCAGCCAUGUCUACCCACGAGAUGACAUGACCAAUGUGACGGCUAAAAUCUUGUCCAAAGUUGGCUGCCAGCUUCACAACCGACCGCACCACCCCUUGUGGCUUAUUAAAGAACGCAUCAAAGACCAUUUCUACCGCUCCUACAUCGGUCGCACAGGAAACCCACUCUUUUCUGUACAUGACAACCUCAGCCCAGUAGUGACGGUGGAGCAGAACUUCGAUAGCCUGCUCAUUCCUCCAGACCAUCCCAGUCGGAAAAAAGGAGACAAUUACUACCUGAACCGCACACACAUGCUGCGGGCCCACACCUCCGCCCACCAGAAGGAGCUGGUGCGCGCGGGACUUGAUCGCUUCCUGCUGGCUGGAGAUGUAUAUAGACGAGAUGAGAUAGACUCCAGCCACUAUCCUGUCUUCCACCAGAUGGAGGGAGUUCGGCUUUUCUCCAACCAUGAGCUGUUUGCUCGAGUGGAGAAUGGUGAAGACCUGUCUUUGUUUGAGAGCGGUGGCCGCCGCACGCCUCAAAAACAGGAAGCGCACACGCUGGAGGCCGUCAAACUUGUGGAGUUCGAUCUGAAACAGGCACUCACGCGCCUCACGCGACACCUUUUUGGGGAAGAUUUGGAGAUCCGCUGGGUGGACUGCUACUUCCCUUUCACACAUCCCUCCUUUGAGAUGGAGGUGCGCUUCCAGGGCGACUGGUUGGAGGUGCUGGGCUGUGGGGUGAUGGAGCAGGAACUGGUCCGCUCAGCUGGUGCUGGUAAUAAGAUGGGUUGGGCUUUUGGUCUCGGGCUGGAGAGGUUGGCCAUGGUUCUGUUCGGCAUCCCAGAUAUUCGACUUUUCUGGAGCGAGGAUGAACGCUUCCUGAAGCAGUUCCGCCUGUCUGACAUCUAUCAGCCUGUCACCUUCCAGCCUCUCAGUAAGUACCCUCCACUCUUCAAUGACAUCUCUUUUUGGCUGCCAGCUGAAGGUUACACAGAAAACGACUUCUAUGACCUGGUACGCAGCAUCGGAGGAGACCUAGUGGAGAAGGUCACGCUGGUGGACGAGUUCACACAUCCAAAGACGAAGAGAAUGAGCCACUGUUACCGCGUUGAGUAUCGUCACAUGGAGAGGACCCUGUCCCAGGAAGAAGUGCGCAUUAUCCACACAGCCAUUGAGCAGGCAGCCGAAAAAGAGCUCGGAGUGCAGGGAAGAUACUGAACAUUCCCAAAAACCCACAUGAUGAUGUUCCACCUUCUAUGAUGAGAUUCACAGAUGUAGUUGUAUCUCUCUGUGGCAACGAAUAAAAUGUGGAAACUCUUUUUAAAGCAGCUACAACUGCACAUAGUUGGAGAAUCGAACCAAAAUGUCAUUACUUACUCACCAUCUUGUUCUUCUAAACCCUUAAGCAGAAUGUUGGAAAAUCUUUAUGCAGCUCUUUUCCAAAUAACAACAUUACUAAUGGCAUAGUUCAGCCAAAAAUGAAAGUUCUGUCAUCAUUUACUCACCCUUGUGUUGUUUGAAUCUGUUUGAUUUUUCCGAACAUAAAAUAAGAUAUUUUGAAGAAUGUUGGUAACCAAACAGUUAUUUGUCAGCAUUGAGUUUCAUUUGAUCUUUUUUGUGUAAGUAAUCAAGUCAUACUAGUGUUAAACGAAGGUGAGUAAAUGAUGACAGAAUUUUCUAUUUGGAGUGAACCAUCCUUUUAAAAUUCAGUUUUUGUACUCUAUAUGAUUACUUUUUGAUACUUCCCCCCAGCUUUAAUGGUACAUUUUUGAAGCUUGACAGACAUAGUCACUAUAAACUGUAAAUGUGUGGAAACUGAAAGGUAAAAAACAGAAUACAGGUUUGAAAUGACAAGAGGGGGAGUGAAUAAUGACAGAAUUGUAAUUUGGGGCAAACUUUCCUUUAUCAUUUGCAAGAUUUGACCUUGAAAUGACCUUUUUGGUCAUCAUAACCUCUCUAGGCCUGAUUGCACAUACUCCCACACCGCAGGCUGACUCUAGCUUUAUAAUGGUACAAACAGCCAGAUUUAACACAAAUGUCAGAGGCCUUUUACACACCUGGAUCCAUGCCAGCCUGAUGAUAAGCAGAAAACAAGAGCUCUUAUUUCUAGAUUUGUGUUUUCUUAAGAAAGAUAUGAGGUAGCCUGUAAUGAGCUGCUGCCCAGAAAUUAGCAAGAUAAUGAAAAGCUUUCUCAAAGUCACUCCACGGUAAAAUGGCAAAUGGGAGGCUAACAGAUCAUCAUUUGUGGUAGAAAAUAAAACUGUGUUCAGGUAUAAUUAUGUCGACGUGCCCUUUAUUAUAUACUCCAAUAGCCAUACUAAUGCUGCAGAUUUUUGGGAGUACCUGGAAUUAUUUUUCAUUUAAUAUCCCAUAAGUUGUGGUUUUGUGUGUGUAUGGAAAAAAGGAGUCACUCCUACUUCAUCAGACUUAUGAUUGUUGAGUGAAAUUAUGACUAUAGCAACAUGUUUGCGUGUCACAGCUGUAAACAUAAUAAACACACUGUAAAAAAGAA